AUGUACGCUGACGGAUGGACCAAGGAGGAGAAGCAGCGGGGCGGCGACUCGACGCACGUCGACAAGUAUUACCGCCCGCCCGCGAGCAUCGGCGGCAAGCGCUGCCGGUCCAUCCUCGAGGUCGCGCGCGCCGCCUACCCGUCGCACCUCGUCGCAGCCGCCGUCGCCGACGACGACUGGGUCCCCGCGGCCAAGGAGCUCGUCGAGGCCUUUUGCGGCCAGUACGGCCGCUGGUACACCGCCAAGGUCGUCAAGGUCGACGCGGCCGCCGGCAAGGCGACGGUCCACUACUGCAACUGGAGUAUGGGCUUCGACUCGGCGCUCGCGUUCCGGCUCCUGCGGCGCGACGACGGCACGCUCGACGCGACCAAGGACAAGACGGGAUCCGCCGUGUCGCGCGCGUCGGUCUUCGCGGGCGAGGGGAGGGGGGGCGGCGCCGUCGCCGCGCGGCGCGCCGCGCGCGCGCGGCGGCGCGCGGACGCGCUCGCGGCCGUCGUCGCCGACGGCGGCUACCUGCUGACGCGGACGCCCGGCGCGCCGGCGCUCGCGGGCUGGCGGCCCGUCGCGGCCGCGGCGGGCGCGCGCGAGGGCUGGGCGGCCGUGCGGCCCCCGCGGCUCGCGGGCCGCGACGCGCGCGUGCGCUGCACCUUCGACGUCACGGGCAAGCGCCAGCGUCCUGCUGAUAUUCCGGCUGAGAAAACGCACGCGCGUGGUGUAGGCAAGCGCGGCGCGCGGCAGCGCCUCUACGAGUGCCUCACGUGCUGCCCGGACGGCAUCAUCGAGGACUUCGCGCGCGACGCCGCGGCCGUCGACGCCGCGGCUCUCGCGGACUGCUGGCUCCACACGGAGACGCUCCUCGCGGACCUGGAGACGUGCCUCCGGCGCUACGUCGCGCGCGCGCCCGCGGCGGCGGGCGACGUCGACUGGAGCGCGCUCGCGGCCCUCGCGGCCGCGACGCCCGCCGAGGCGGCCGUCGCCGUGAACGUCGACAAGCGCAAGAGGCCGGACCACCCGCACGGCCACCACGGCUACUGCGGCGCCUACGCCGACGCCAUCGCCGACGUCGUCCGGCGCGCCGACCGCCACAUCUUCCGCGCGUUCAACUACACGACCUGCUGCGGGGCGGCGCGGGCGUCAAUCGUAACUUCAGGGUAG